UGGGAGAGGCCUCUACCCUGAUCCACGGACUUGAGAUGUUCUAGCCCCUACAAUCACAAAUACAGUCAAUACUGCUGGGAAUGUCUGCAAAGCUGAUGUGGACUUUAGAGGAAACCAGUUGUUUCCCGGAUACAUCAGGGGUAUCACCCUUCCAGAUGAUUUUUGAGGUUGAUGAAAAGCACAGAACUUUGAUGACAGAUUGUCUGGCUAUAAAGAAUUUUUUACGCAAAAUCAUCAUGGUGCACCCUAAGAUGAGAUUUCACUUCAGUAUAAAAGUGAAUGGAACCCUCUCCAAGGAGAUCUUUGGGGUAGAGGAUGAACCCAUUUUGAACCUACCAAAUGGAAUUGCUCUUGUCGUAAACUAUCAGCAUUAUAUAAGUAGACCAAAGUUUGGUGCCACUGAAUUACUCUGCAGCAGAAUUCACCCUGUGCCAGGACAACCAGUAACACUUUCCAUCCCUGAUGAUGUGGCUGCCAUGGGCUUGCUGGGGGAACUGAUACUGAUGCCAGCUGCUGCUCUCUGCCCCUGCCCAAAGGCCUUUUCCAACCAAAUGAAUAGGAUUUCUUCAGUUUCCAUAUUUCUCUAUGGACCUUCAGGUCUGCCUCUGCUAUUGCCAAGCCGGGAGCAGCCAACUACUCUCUUCACAGAUAUCUCUUGUUUCAUUGACUGGAAGAAAUACCACUUGUGUGUGGUGCCCAAUGUGGAUUUCAGUUUGGAUAGAGAAUUGGUGGUUCCAGAUGUGAGUUAUCAAGUGGAGUCCCGUGAGGGGGACCAGUCUCAGAAUACGGACCCUCAGGGACACACUCUGCUGCUCUUCCUCUUUGUGGAUUUCCACAGUGGAUUUCCAGUCCAGCGAAUGGAACUCUGGGGAAUCCACACUUUGCUCACAACUCAUCUCAAUGCCAUCCUCCUGGAGAGCCAACGAGUGGUACAAGACUCUAUCCAGAUCGCCGUGGACCAGGCCUUGGAGCAGCAUCACCAGGCUGCCAAGGCUCAUCAGAAACUGCAGGCCUUCCAUGCUGUGGCUGUGAAUUCCAUCAUGAGUGUUGUUACUGGAAGCACCAACAGCAGCUUCCGAAAGAUGUGUCUCCAGGCCUUUCAGGCAACCGACACACGAGAGUUUGGAACCAAACUGCACAAAGCAUUUAAUGAGAUCACCCAGCACCGAUUUCUUCACCACUGCUCAUGUGGGGUAAAGCAGCUACCCGCCGAGAGACACGAUGCGGCCCAGAGCGCUGAGGACGCGUGUGAGAGCCGCAGCCCGGAGCUCCUGCCAGAGACCAGCGCGCAAGCCGAGAGCAAGAGAUGCAAGAAGAGCGCCGACGAGACGCGGGCCUUCCGCUCCACCCGG